AUGAUCGCCGCUCAGGCCAAGCUGGUUUACCAGCUCAAUAAAUACUACACUGAGCGCUGCCAAGCGCGCAAGGCGGCCAUCGCCAAGACCAUCCGAGAGGUCUGUAAGGUGGUCUCGGACGUGCUAAAAGAAGUGGAGGUACAGGAGCCUCGCUUCAUCAGCUCCCUGAGCGAGAUCGAUGCCCGCUACGAGGGGCUGGAGGUCAUCUCGCCCACGGAAUUCGAGGUGGUGCUCUACCUAAACCAGAUGGGCGUCUUCAACUUCGUGGACGACGGCUCCCUGCCCGGCUGCGCGGUGCUCAAACUGAGUGAUGGACGCAAGCGGAGCAUGUCUCUCUGGGUCGAGUUCAUCACGGCGUCCGGCUACCUCUCAGCGCGCAAGAUCCGCUCACGUUUCCAGACCCUGGUGGCUCAGGCGGUGGACAAGUGCAGCUAUCGGGAUGUGGUCAAGAUGAUCGCAGACACCAGCGAGGUCAAGUUGCGCAUCAGGGAGCGCUAUGUGGUGCAAAUCACCCCUGCGUUCAAGUGCACCGGUAUCUGGCCUCGCAGUGCGGCACAGUGGCCUAUGCCCCAUAUCCCGUGGCCCGGCCCCAAUCGGGUGGCGGAGGUCAAGGCCGAAGGAUUCAACUUGCUGUCGAAGGAGUGCUACUCACUGACGGGCAAGCAGAGCUCGGCGGAGAGCGAUGCCUGGGUGCUACAGUUCGGGGAGGCUGAGAACCGCCUGCUGAUGGGCGGCUGCCGAAACAAGUGUCUCUCGGUUCUGAAGACGCUGCGGGACCGCCACCUGGAGCUGCCAGGCCAGCCGCUCAAUAACUACCACAUGAAGACGCUGCUGCUGUAUGAGUGCGAGAAACACCCGCGGGAAACGGACUGGGACGAGGCGUGCCUAGGCGAUCGGCUCAACGGCAUCCUGCUGCAGCUCAUCUCCUGCCUGCAGUGCCGCCGCUGCCCUCACUACUUUCUGCCCAACCUCGACCUUUUUCAGGGCAAGCCCCAUUCGGCCCUGGAGAGCGCUGCCAAGCAGACCUGGAGGUUGGCCAGGGAAAUUCUCACCAAUCCCAAAAGCCUGGACAAACUAUAG